AUGGAAGGACUGCGGAACAUGGGAUGGAUCAUCACCCAAGAGGUCGAGGACAUCCGACCAGAAUGGGUGUUCAACUGCUCGGUGAAAGUGAAGCAGAUGGACACAACACACCAUGGCAUUGCUCAGGUGGUCGACCUGAGGCUGAGCAAUUGUCUUGAUGAUGUCGCGGAUAGCAGACUCCCUCAACUGACGGGCGAGGAGCUUCGUUUCGACUGCACCAGCUUCAGACAGAAAGUUGAGAAAGGAGAAGUAUACAUGCUGAUCGGAGCGAAGAUCUUCUUGGAUAUGCAGUCAGAACGCUGUUUGGGAUUUCCAGCGACUACGGAGAACACAGCGAGUAUCCUGUUACCCAGCCGAGAAGACUCUGUAGCUUCGGUGGUGGAGAUGUUUUGUGGAGGCAUGGGGGCCUGGGCUGAGGCAUGCAGACUCCUCCCAGCUGAAUGUGUCCUCCGCAUCGACCACGAACGCAUGGCGAUCAGCUCUACUUUGCUCAACCAGAAGGACACCAUAUUGUUCAGCAGAGAGGGCGAACAAGAGGUGUUCAACACUUUCUGGGGUGAAGUGAUUGACCUCAGGUGGACGACGGCCUUGCACAAGACCAACACUGAGUUUAUCUGCGCCUCGCCGCCUUGUGGAGCAUACGCUGCCACGGGAAAUGCUCCGGGGCUCCAGGACUCCAAGGCGACAGUGGCCUGGCUCCAGAUGGUCCUAGUUAUGAGGUUCCUGCAGAGGAGAGCAUUGCUUGUGGAAGCCCUUCCGGGAUUUGCUCAGCAUGAGGACUUUGAGACCAUCCGAUCCCUUUUGAAAUGGGCGGGCUACAGAGUCAUUUGGCAUGGAGUGCUCAACCCAACAGGACUGCAGCCGGUGGAGCAACCGAGAUUUUUCAUGAUUGCAUGGAACAGUGCAGACAAUCCCUCAGUGGGAAUGCCCUUCAGAAUGCUGCAUUUGAGUGACCGGCCCCCGAUGCAGUGUGAACCGGUGCUAUGGAAGCAUAUGCCUGCAAUGGUGCUUUCGACAGUCCGACUCAUUGGGACCGAGCUUACCAAGGUCACGACCCGGGAACUGCUUCCCCGAUACUUCCAGCAGAAUGUGGGAUCACCGAUCCACAUCCGGUUGAUCAACCCAGGAAAGCCACUUCCCAUCCUUUUGGGGAACUACCGCCUCAACCUUGAUCUGCCGUGGGUUAUCUUGAAGAAGCGAGGACUCUUCAUUCCACUCUUGUACCAUGGAGCAGACAUCAGGGCCCUAUCAAAGUGGGAGAUCCUGAGGGCCUAUGGUUUCCAUAUGGACUACAUCCUCCCUGACAAUGAGAAAGAUGCUCUGGCACUGCUCAACCAGUGCUUGCUUCCCUGCCAAGCACUCACAGUGCUUGUCUCGGCACUUGGCCACCGACACGAGCAAAAGAUGGGAAGAGAUGAGAUGAUGAGAUACCUGGAUGCCGCCCUGACGGAGUGGGGUGAACAAUGGGAGCCCUUUGACGACCUCAUCCCCUUCGACAAGAAUGGCUGGUCAAAGCUCAUCAAAAGGGGCGACCUCGCGCAGAUGGGGCCUCAGGGCUAUCUGACCACGAGGCUGGUGGGCUUGCAGAUCGAGAUCGAUUCCCUUACCUAUGGACGCCAACAAGGACGAGUGACACCCUUCUUGCCUGAAACCAGCAGAACCCUGUAUGAGGAGAUGGGGGACCAACCAGACAAUUCGAAGACCUGGAGAUUGUUCCAAGCAGAGCAUGGGUACCACAGUAUCGUAUUGGAUGAUGAAGACACGGUUGGAGAAGUCAAUCGGAAAGUGGCUGAGUUCAUCCAGGUGCCACAAGAAAAUGUGGCCAUUGCCAAGCUUACUGAGCCAACGGAGCAGACACUGCACUGGAUUCUGGCAGGUGAAGUGCCACAAGAAUCCUAUGGCAAGGUCCUGGUGUUAGUGGACCCGGCGGCACCGGCAGCAUGGUGGUUGAACAGCGAGAUUGACAUAUCGGACCUGAAGUACACUUAUGCUGACCACCAGUCCACACCUCCGGACCUCAUCACAGUGAAUGACAAAGAAGUUCUCGCAUGGCCAGUCUGUAUCCAAUCAGGUGACCAUAUCCGAUUGAGAUGGAACCACAGCGCUGGAGCACAAGCAUGGAGGGAACUGGACGUUUUCAAAGUCUUUGACGAGUCCCCAGUUGAACCACCGGCCUCACCGACAGAUGAAGGUGGCGAAAGUAUCCCGGGUGGCCCUACUAUGGACCCACAUGAUGGAGAUUCUGAUGCACCGGAUGACAAUGGAUCCCCUGCUACUCCACCGGAUUCCAAUCCUGUGGCACCCCAUGAAAUGCUGGGCAGUGCUGAGACGACCCUGGUAGACCCGACACAGCCUUACGAGGUUGAAGCCUCUGACCGGCUCAGAGGCAUGCCAUUUCAGGAUGUGGACUUCUCUGCAAAGAGACAAUGCACAAGAGAAGACAGGGACUUGCAGAGCAUCCGCGACAAUGCCCUCCCGGCGACCAUCAACUAUGAAGACAUCCACAAGAACCCGAAGGCAGACACGGCCUUCUACAUCCUCUUCCAGCACCAACUCUGCUGCUUCAACCACAGGGACAAGAGAACUCUGGAGGAGGUUGUCCAAGAUGAAUGGGGACUGCCCCCUCACUCCUUCUACUUCACCCGGGGAGUCAAAGUACUUGGACCAAGGACUACUUGCGACCAAAUCCCGGUUGGAUCUACAGUCAUUGUAAGAGGAAGACUCCGUGGAGGCACAGGCAAUGCAGUCCAGAAACUCAAGCAUAUGCUUCAAUCGAAGGGUGUGCCGGAGGACCAAUUGGAAGCCCGCAUUCAAGAGGUGCGAUCCCAAAUUGGGGAGAAAGGCAUCAAGGAAGUCUACACGUCUUUCGAUCCGUGGUCUCAACUGAAAGCACGAUGUACCACCAGACUUGUUCGUGAGGCAGAGGCAAAGCACAAACCCCGGGCAAAAUCGGUGCAAGAAGAGGCUGUUGACCCGCUCCAGAUUGCAGAUCCCUGGACACAAGCCCUGAAAGAAAGGGGAGCAUGGAAGCUGGAGAACAGUUUUUUCCAGAUGGAAGAUGGGAGCCACCCAGUGACACUGGAGAAACUUGCCCACGGAGCUUGUGGUCUAGCACUCAUUGGCGAAAAGGAGGCGGAGAUCCUGAUGCAAUCCCAAGAGACGAUGUCUGACAAUGAGCUGGCUGCAUUGGUCGUUGGUUCUACGUUUCAGAGCUCAACCAACUUCAAGGUCAAGAAUGUGGAGACCCCUUGCCGUAACAAGGACAAUACACGAAUCCUGGUGAGAGCACAGCUGAUCAACUUUGGCAAAAAGACGAUCGGGUUGGCUGAGGAGUCUAACAUUGUCACGGUCGAGGAGGUUGAUGCCACAGUGGUUUCUUGUGAAAUGGUCAAAGCUGAGAUGGAGGAAUGGGAUGAGAUGGUGGAGGGCACCACGCGCUUUCUCAAGACCAAGAUCCAGGCAAUGGAGCGUGGCUUUAUUGGGUCAUGGGGCCGAAAAUUCUUCCAACGAUCCAAGCAAGUGAUGGAUGCCAGUCAGGCAGAAACCUGCUACCUCAUGCUCAGGAUCAAGAGAGAAUGUUUGGAAACUAUCUUGAAGCAGAUCCGAGCUGGCAUCUAUUUUUCGCCAAGGAAGGAAGAUGGAACCCUGGACCCAGGUUUCAAGGUUAUUUGGACACCAGACAAGCCAUUGCAAGAGUUGAUGGUCAAGGCAAGUUCGGAAGCCUCGGCUUUUGGACUGGUCAAGAACAAGACUGGUUAUGGGCUGAGAGUCAAAUCUACAGAAUUUCUGCAACUUCGACAAAAGUGGCAGCCCAGCUGGACUCCGAUUGAAGACACCCCCUACAACAUCAAGGUGCAGCUCUACUACGACAUACAAAACCUGCCGAUCAGCUGCACCAAAACGGAGGUGCAGAAGUUUGUCAACAAGAUUGGCUGGAAGGCUUUGGUCCUCAGGCAACUUCGUCCAAGAACUUGGACAGUGGGGGCGGAAACAGCUCCCGACAAGCUCGUGCAUCUCACUUCGCAUGGCACUGUUCUCAUCUCGGAGCAGAAGCCCAAAGGGGGAUACAAGGGCAAAUCUGGAGGAAAAGGAAAGCACUCCAAAGGAGCUUUGCCAUGGUGGGUGGCGGGGGCUUCUGCUACCCCAACGACCCUCAUGGGAAAUACAGGACAUGCCUCCUUCUCCAGUAUGAUCACAGAUGCGGAGCAGACAGAUCUGGAGGAAAGGCUGCAGAAAAAGAUGGACGACUUCCACAAGCAACAAGUGGAAUCCCACAAGAUGCUGCGGCAAGACUUUCAAGAUUUUCAGAAGGUUGUGACACAGAAGCAAGACGAGCAGGACCUCAUUAACCAGAACCUCUCCCACAGUGUGCAAGGCCUCACAGCCUCGCUCUCCAAGGAGUUGGGACAGCACAUGCAGAACCUUACCAUGACCCUUGAGAGUCAGAAGGCCGACUUCGCCACCAAGCUGACGAACUCCCAGAUUUCACUCAAGGAGGAGCUUAUGGGUGAGAUGCGGACUCAGUUGGGAGCAGUCAGGAAGAGGUGUGUAUUAAUUCAUCUGGAUAGACAUCUGGAUGGGUGCAACUUCGUUUCCAGCAACAACUACCGACUGGAUCCUUAUGCAAACAGGGAAGGCCUCGUGGAUGAAGGCAGCCGAGCCGGAGAUAGAGACUACCCUGCAAUUUACUUCAAUUCGUUUUACCACUCAUGGAACACUUUCUUUCAAGGCGACAUUUUGUUGCCACUUCCGACGUAUAUGGGAUGGAGAGUUGGGGAAGCAGCCAACCCGGGACCUGACUUCUUCACUAUAUCGGGCACCAACACCCAGUCGUUGAACUCUUUCUGUGAUGAUGGGAGACUUGUUUCGGAACAUGCCCAUGUGUUGGUUUACACUGAGACUGCAGCAACAGUCUAUGUCCAGCAGAAGGCGACCAAGCUUGCACACGGAGCUCGCAAACACACUUCCUUCAGCAAACCUGUGAAGCAGAGGGCUUUCCAAGAUGGACGUCAGUGUGCUACCAAGGGGGAAGCAAAAGGAGCUGCUAUUAUCUCGGCUCUACCGACGAGGCCAGCUUUUGCACCAUGGUCCCAGGAAGCCUGGGACUCUUCUCGGGUCAGCGACACCUUUGUCCUGACCCAACGAGGGCCAGUUCUGGUCAUCGCCAUCUAUGGCCUACAUCAAGGACUACCAGAUUCAGAGGAACACAAUGAAGCCUUGUUGAGAGAGGCAUCAUGGAGGGCCAACCAGGUCAGAUGCCCUGCACUGAUUGUGGGUGACUUGAACUGUGACCUUGAGAAACUCAAUGCCUGGCAGCUCAUGGUGGAUGCUGGUUGGUCGGAUGCAGCAGUUCUACAAGCACAAAUGGAUGGAGAACCUCCGCAGAAGACCUACAAGGAUGUUUCAAGACUGGACUAUGUCCUGAUGAAUGAUAUUGCCAGAUCUGCUUUCCGCAGUUUCUUUGUCUCCAUGCAGGCUGAGAUGGACCACAAGACGGUUAAUGCAGUUUUUGACUGGAGCUGCAUUCCGAAGACAUGCACAACUUACCGGAUGCCCAUGGAAGCCUCGGACCUUCCACUCACAGAUGCAGAUUUCCACAGUGCUUUUGUUCCGCCGCGAAAGCUUGCAGCCUUGGAUGAGGCCUUGGCAACUAAGGACAUCGAAAAAGCAUGGAAUCUUUUCUGCGAGGCUUAUGAAGAAGGCGACGAUGACACUGUCCAACUCAGGCAGCGGAUCAGGCAAAUCAGGAGGCUGGAGGCAUACAUCCAGCAGAUGAAGUCCAUGGACAGAUUGGAACUGACAGAGGAGAGGAGGAGAAAGAUCCAUGAAGCCUCGUCUCACACAUGGUUAGCCAUCUGUAAUGCACCGGGCUUCAACGGGCCCUUCCGUGAGUGGUGGUUUCAGAAUCAUGCUGAAUGGUUCCCACAGGGACCUCCCAAUGUGGGGAUGGCACAGGUUCUCAGAGAUCAUUUAGUUCAAGAUGAGAAGCAUUGGAGGACCUUACACAGAAGUAAGCGUGAUGCCAAGUUUCGAAGUGUUUUUACGCAAGAUUGGAAGAAGGGUGGUACUAAGCACUACAAGGCCAUUCGUCCACCUGGGAUGCCGAGGGUAGAUUCCCUCAAUGUGGUAUCUGACCACAGAGUCGUGGCCCGGAGAGCGCGCCAAAAGGGAAUGCAGAUCUGUACUUUGGAAGAUGACGAGCUCCACUUGAUAAAGAUUGGAUCCCAAUGGAAGCAAGAUGGUGCAACUGCGAUGGUUUCCAAUAUCAAGAAUGGGAAGAUUUUUCUCCAGACAAUCAAAGGUUGUAUGGUCACUGGAACUGUUUCACAACAUCGGCCAUCAGCACACCCGGCUGAGAUUCUCAAAGCGGCAGAAGACUAUUGGUACAAAUACUGGAACCUGGGUGGUGAAGUCAACAACGAUGAUGAGAUGGUGAAGAAUGCUGUGCACUCCUUACCUACUUUACCAAACAUGGACCUAUGUUUUGAUGCCAAGGAUUUACAGUGGGUGUUAUCCACGUGGGACUUUGGCCAGACAGCAUUUGCAGAGCCCGGAGUGCCAGAAGGAUGCCCUAUAGCGGUGGUACAGAUGAUCAUCCUGACCUGGUGUUUUACCAACCUAGUGGAGACAAAUCAACAAGUGCCUCUGUAUUCAUAUGUGGACGACUGGAUGCUGAUCACAGAUGAUCUGGCUUCACUUACCAGUUCUGUUAUUCAGGUCAAGAACUUGGCAGACAAACUGGGCCUCAUUCUGUCAAUUUCCAAGUCUUCCCUCUUUGCUACUUCUACGAAGCUGCUCAACCAAGUGACAGGUUCGCUGUCACACCACCACCUUCUUGUUGGAACUUCGAAGAAUUUAAGAGGAUUGGGAACCAACUUCCAGACUGCCAAGGUAGCAUCGAUUGACAUUCGAACAAAACGGUGGACCUCAGCCAAAGGACUCUUGGAUAGAUUGCAGUAUAUGCCGUGGACGGCACCCAGGAAGACACAGAUUGUCUGCAGAUGUAUCUUGCCACACAUUUUCUUUGGCAUUGAGAACACCUAUGCGGGCAAGGAUUUCAUUCGAGAAGUGCGGGCUAAGUGUAAUCACACAGUAGGUGGCAAGUUGCAAUACCACCUCCACUAUUUGGCCCCCUUGUUUUCUGGCGACAGAUAUGAACCUGUUCUCUACAUUGCGGAGAGGCGCUUUGGUACAUUUCUACGAUCGGCCACUAGAAACUUGCCUUUGGUCAAAGAUGUGUGGAAGAAAGCUUUCCAGCGAGGGUGUUUCUUCAAGCGAAAGACAAGAGGAUGUGUUUCCAUUUUCCAGAAUCAACUUCAUGAGCUGGGAUGGGCACUUGAUGAGAAUGGGAGAUGCACCACACCAUCGAACAAGGUCUUCAAUAUUUGGGACAUUACCACUAAACAGUUCAAAGAUUCGAUAUUGGAGUCAUGGGAAAUUGACCUUCUUCGUCAUCUGCAUGAGAAGCAGAAUCUUGAUGACUUGGCCUCUCUUUCUAUAAAACGAAGUAUCUUUCCGGAGCACAAAGAUCCAAUGAUACAAGGGUUUAUGCGCAAAGUUCGUCUGGGAGGUCUCUUCCCGAACAAAAGACUCAAGCACUUCAAGGAUGAUCAAGAGGAUACCUGUAUCUUUUGCGGUCAACUGGACACCAUGAAGCACCGUGUUUACCAUUGCCCAGGAACGGAACAUGUUCGCCAAGGUGCUCAAUGGGAUGCUGUUAAGUUGGUACCUACCUCCCUUCUUUUAGGGGGACUCUUUCCAAAACUGGAGCACUUGGACUCAUAUUGGCAGCUUCUUGACGAUGUGCAACCGCCGGACUUAUUCUUUGAGGACAACCAAAAUAUUGCACACAUUUUCACCGAUGGAUCCGCGCUUGAAUACUCCCUGGGAGGUACCAGACAGUCUUCCGUGCUGAACUUUAUGCAGUUCUGGACUUAUGGCAAAUUUUUCACAAUAGCAGAGCUGACUAUUGGGAUGCAGCUACGCAUGACCUAA